AUGUCUGGAAGAGGAAAGGGUGGUGGGAAAGGUCGCGCCAAGGCGAAGUCUCGAUCAUCCCGGGCUGGCCUGCAGUUCCCGGUGGGCCGUGUUCUCCUGAGAAAGGGCAACUAUGCUGAGCGUGUGGGUGCCGGAGCGCCGGUCUAUCUGGCUGCGGUGCUGGAGUAUCUGACGGCUGAAAUCCUGGAGCUGGCCGGCAACGCGGCCCGGGACAACAAGAAGACCCGCAUCAUCCCCAGGCACCUGCAGCUGGCCGUGCGCAACGACGAGGAGCUCAACAAGCUGCUGGGAGGGGUGACCAUCGCUCAGGGCGGGGUGCUGCCUAAUAUCCAGGCCGUGCUGCUGCCCAAGAAAACAGCCGCUGGGGGCUCCGCUAAAAAGUGAAGAUAGUAGUCUUGAAUCUGACAACCCAAAGGCUCUUUUCAGAGCCACUCUCAACAUCUGUGAAAGGAGCUACACGGUCAUUUCUGUUCGGUUUAUUUUUACUUUUAAUAUGGAGAACUUUGAACCUGAGAGCAAACAAAUCUUUCCCAUCCCCCAACGACGAGUCUUAUGAAUACCGAGACACAGAGGGAGAUUCGCGGGAGUUUAUAAUUCACUACCACAAUGUCAUGUUAAAAUUAUAUUCCACAAUCUGCCGUAAUUAAUUUUGCGAAAACGGGAGAUCUCAUUAGUUAUGACUUCAAUGCCCAUGUCAAUAUCGCUUAUACCUCAUUCCCUAUUGACUAACUUGUUUUACAAUUGCAAUAUUAAUGCAACCCAUCGUUCCCAGCUCUCUCGGAACGGUGUAGUGGCUCUGAAAAGAGCCGUUGUGUUUUCCGUUCUGUCCCCGGGCGAAUGUGCAGGUCCAGCCAGGCUCUGUUCAGGCGCCCUCCCCGCGAAUCCGGCGGGCCAGCUGGAUGUCUUUGGGCAUGAUGGUGACCCGCUUGGCGUGGAUGGAUCACAGGUUGGUGUCCUCAAACAGUCCCGCCACGUAAGCCUCACUGGCCUCCUGCCGGACCAUCCCCACCAAGCUCUGGAAGCGCAGGUCGAUCUUGAAGUCCUGAGCGAUCUCUCACACCAGACGCUGGAAGGGCAGUUUGCGGAUCAGCAACUCGGUGGAUUUCUGGUAGCGGCGGAUGUCCCGCAGAGCCAAACCUCAAACAGGUCGUUGUUCGUAACAAGCUACCCCGCUCUCAGGCCAACUCCGUACAAUCCUGUCACGGUAGGCGCUGCAAGACGUGUCAGAGUGUGGACAUAGAUACCACCAUUACGACACCUCCCACUUUGUAUAUGGCAGGUACUCAUGUGACCCAUCUAGGAGACAGCGAGGACUGCAGAUGCUGGAGAUCAGAGCUGAAAAUCUUCAGCCUUGGCCUGCUUGGCACACUCCUCAUUCCUCACCUUUUCAACUCAUGUGACUCAGCCAACGUUGCAGGCAAGGAUGCCCACAGGCAUGGUACAUUGGGAAAACUGAGCAACUGAUGAAUGGGCACCACCCAACAAUCAACAGCCAGGAAGGUUCCCUCGUAGUUGGGGUACACUUCAGUGGUCCAGGACAUUCAGCCUCAGACCUUCGGACGACCAUCCUUCAAGGUGGACUUCGGGACAAGCAGCAGAGAAAAGUGCUGAAAAUGUGUUGCUUGAAAAGCGCAGCAGGUCAGGCAGCAUUCAAGGAGCAGGAAAAUCUACGUUUUGGGCAUGAGCCCUUCUUCAGGAAAGAUGAGAGUAUCUUAGCCUGCUUGGCACAAAAGGUAGGGAGGAGGGGGCGUUGGAAAUGCAAUAGGUGGAAAGAGGUUAAGGUGAGGGUGAUAGGCUGGACUGGGGUUGGGGGCAGAGAGGUCAGGAAGAAGAUUGCAGGUUAGGAAGGUAGUGCUGAUUUCGAGGGUCGGGACUGAGAGGAGGUGGGGAAGGGAAAAAUGACGACGGAUGAUACAAUGUAUCUGAAGGUCGAUGGGGUGGUAGGAACAUACAUCAUACCAUCCGUCACCAUUUCCGCCACCACAAGGGAUAUAUUUUCUUCCCCUCCCCUAUCAUUGUUCUGAAAAGACCACUCCCUCCGUGACUCCCUUGUCAGGUCCACACCCCCCACCAACACAACCACAAGAAAUGCAAAACUUGCGCCCACACCUCCCCUCUUACUUCACUCCAAGGCCCUAAAGGAUCCUUCCAUAUCUACCACAAAUUCACCUGCACCUCCACACAACAUUUAUUGCAUCCACUGCACCUGAUGUGGCCUCCUCUCUAUUGGAGAGACAGGCAGUCUACUUGCAGAACAUUUCAGAGAACACCUCUGGGACACUGGACCAACCAACCCAACCGCCCCUUGGCUCAACACUUCAACUUCCCCUCCCACUCCACCAAGGACAUGCAGGUCCUUGGACUCCUCCAUCGCCAGACCAUAGCAACAUGACGGCUGGAGGAAGAGCACCUCAUCUUCUGCCUAGGAACCCUCCACCCAAAACAGAUGAACUUAGAUUUCUCCAGUUUCCUCAUUUCCCCGCCCCCCACGUUGUCUCAGUCCCAACCUCGAACUCAGCACCACCUUGCUAACCUGCAAUCUUCUUCCUGACCUUAGAUUAGAUUAGAUUACUUAGUGUGGCAACAGGCCCUUCGGCCCAACAAGUCCACACCGACCCGCCGAAGCGCAACCCACCCAUACCCCUACAUUACCCCUUACCUAACACUACGGGCAAUUUAGCAUGGCCAAUUCACCUGACCCGCACAUCUUUGGACUGUGGGAGGAAACCCACGCAGACACGGGGAGAACGUGCAAACUCCACACAGUCUGUCGCCUGAGACGGGAAUUGAACCCGGGUCUCAGGCGCUGUGAGGCAGCAGUGCUAACCACUGUGCCACCGUACAUCUCCACAACCUCCUCCUCCCAGCGCAUUUCCAACGCCCCUUCCCCAACUCCCUCCUCCCUACCUUUUAUCUUAGCCUGCUUGGCACUCUCUCCUCAUUCCUGAAGGGCUCAUGCCCCAAACGUCUAUUCUCCUUGGAUGCUGCCUGACCUGCGCUUUUCCAGCAACCCAUUUUCAGCUCUGAUCUCCAGAAUCUGCAGUCCUCACUUUCUCCUAGCAGAGAAAAGUGGCUAAGCAGCGGCUGAUAGCUACGUUCGGUACCCAUAUGGAGAGCCUCAACUGGGACCUUUGGUUCAUGUCAUGUUACAGGUGAUCACUAUUGCAAUAUAUACACACAUAUACUCCUACACCCACACACACACAGACACCUACACACACACUUACAGAUACACAUACUCCCACGUGCACCCCUCACAGACUUAAGACACACUACACACACACACUUUCUCAUACUCACAACCCCCAAACCAGACAGAGACACAGACUCACAUGCACACAUUUUGUUGGGUGAAUUUGUACUUGCAGGGUUACAUUGUACUUCGCAUAAAAACUGCAUGUAUUUAUGUAAAACUCCGUUGUCUCACUUUUUAGGUUAGAACCAACCUAAACAUCAUGGCAUAAACAGAACACGGGGCCAACACCUUCAGCAUAUUGUCUAGUUAUCAACAUUGUUAACAGCUGACCCGAAAAUGCAACAUUUAAAAAAAAAGUUUUGUAAUUUACACAUGAAAGUGAAACUAUCACUGUAUUCUAAUAGAUGAAAGGCUUAACAAUCAAUUUUCAAUGUAUAAUUUCAGUUACAUCACACUAAAGUUGCGCUAUAUUUUUUUGGAACAGUUUCACAUUGGACAGCUUACACCUUAAAGGCAUUAUCUGGACCAACGUCACACCAGUUGUUCAAGUUCACCUGAGAAUUUAAUAGUAGAUGUUUUGCCAUUUAUAUUUGUAAAAACUGAAACUAACAUCGUCAUGCUAAAAAAUU